AUGGCAAGUAUGAUGAUGAAGUUCUUAUGUGUUGCGGUGGCGUGCAUGGUGGUGUUGGCGCCAUAUUCGGAAGCUAUUACUUGUGAUGAUGUGGUGGAAAAGUUGAAGCCAUGCCUAGAGUACCUGAAGGGCGGGGGUGCGGUGCCAGCGCCAUGUUGCGCUGGUGUUAAGGGACUAAACGCUGCCGCAAAAACAACCCCUGACCGCCAAACGGCCUGCGGUUGCAUGAAGACUACUUAUAAAUCACACCCUGAGAUCAAAGUUGACAACGCUCGUGUCCUUCCGGGCAAGUGUGGUGUUAAGAUUCCUUACAAGAUCAGCCCUAAGACCGACUGCUCCAAGGUGAAGUGA